ACGCUGCUGUUUUCCUUUCAACAAUUUUUGGCAGACGCGAGAUGUCUGGAGGAAUUUUUGCAUAAAUUUACCGGCAUUUGGGCUUCAUUUUUAUAGUGCGCAUAGUGUUAAAAAGCAAAAGUACAUAUACAUUUCGUUUGUUAUCAAUAAUCUGUGAAUUACUUGCAGUUCGCAAAAGUGUAUUUCACCACUUUUGUUUAUACAUCAAUUUAUUUUACAUUCAUUUCUUCAAUUCAACAAACGUGCUGGUUGUAUUGAGUGACCUAAAGGAUCGGCAGCUGCAAAAUGUCUAAUUACGUUUUAGACAAAGACACGUUUUUGCGCCGAAUUAAAAGAUUAUAUUCGGAAUGGCGGUCACCAACUCUUGCACAUGAUGAUUCCCUGAAAAAGGCGGACUGCAUCAUGUGUGUUGUGGGAGUUGAUGAGGACAUAGUUUACUCCAAGUCGCGGGCGCUGGAGAUAUGGCUGUUGGGCUAUGAACUCACCGAUACUAUAUCUAUAUUUACUAAAGACUCUGUCUAUUUUCUGGCAAGUAAAAAGAAGAUUGAAUUUCUAAAACAGAUUGAAAAUUGCAAAGAGGAAGGUGUUCCCGAUAUUAAACUAUUGCUGCGCGAUAGGAACAACAAAGAUAAAGAUAACUUCGAUAAAUUAAAACAAGCAAUGAAAUCAUCUAAUAAAGGCAAAACGUUGGGAGUUUUUGCAAAAGAUCUUGCUUCUAGUGAGUUUUGUGAUUCGUGGAAAGCUACUCUAAAGGGAGAAAGCUUCGAAAAUACAGACGUUGGGGCCGCUUUAGCGUACAUUAUGUGCCCCAAAGACGAAUCUGAAAUUAAUAACAUUCGGAAAGCAUCUCUGGUAUCAGUGGAUAUAUUUAACAAAUAUUUAAAAGAUGAAAUCAUGGAUAUUAUUGACUCUGAUAAGAAAAUAAAACAUGCUAAACUCUCAGAAGGUGUCGAAACCGCCCUUACAGACAAGAAAUAUGUUUCUGGAGUGGAUACUUCGGUUUUAGAAAUGUGUUACACUCCUAUCAUACAAUCGGGUGGCUCUUACAGCUUAAAAUUUUCGGCACUAAGUGACAAAAAUUAUUUGCAUUUUGGAGCUAUUGUUUGCUCAUUGGGAGCGCGCUACAAAUUUUACUGUUCAAAUAUAUCGCGCACAUUUUUAGUGAACCCCACCGAUACCAUGCAAGAUAAUUAUAAUUUCCUUGUUAAUGUGCAAGAGGAAAUUUUAAAGUUGUUGAAGCCUGGCGCUAAGUUGAACGUUAUUUAUGAUACCGCGCUGGAGUAUAUCAAAAAAGAGAAACCAAAACUACAGGACAAUUUUACGAAAACUUUCGGAUUUGCUAUGGGUAUAGAAUUUCGCGAGAACUCAAUUGUUAUUGGACCAAAGUGCCACGCUGAGGUUAAGAAGAAUAUGGUGUUCAAUGUGAAUGUAGGUAUAGCGAACCUCACCAAUUCGGAAGCUUCUGAGAAAGAAGGCAAAACGUAUGCACUAUUCGUUGGGGACACAGUGCUGGUAGGAGAUACUGCACCUGCUAAUAUAAUGACACCUUCGAAAAAGAAGAUAAAAAAUAUCGGAAUUUUUAUAAAAGAUGACAGUGAAGAAGAAGAUGGUGAUGAGAAAGAAGAGGUUAAAGAAGACAAAGGUUCGGAAAUCUUGGGUCGAAGCAAACGAAAUGCUGUGCUUGAAAAUAAAUUGCGUACGGAAACUAACACGGAGGAAAAACGCAAGCAGCAUCAAAAAGAGUUGGCUCAAUUGCUGAAUGAAAAAGCGCGCGAACGGUUGGCUAAACAGGGAGAAUCUAAAGAAGUCGAAAAGGUGCGCAAGAAUACAGUUUCUUACAAGUCUGUUAGUCAGAUGCCACGUGAACCUGAGGUGAAGGAACUAAAAUUAUAUGUGGAUAAAAAGUAUGAAACGGUCAUACUACCAAUUUUCGGCAUACCAGUCCCCUUCCACAUUUCCACAAUCAAGAACAUUUCACAAUCUGUGGAGGGCGAGUACACAUACCUACGUAUUAAUUUCUUUCAUCCUGGAGCUACCAUGGGUCGAAAUGAGGGCGGCCUGUACCCGCAACCAGAGGCGACAUUCCUUAAAGAAGUCACCUACCGUUCUUCUAACGUAAAAGAACAUGGCGAAGUAACUGCACCAUCAGCCAAUCUGAACAAUACCUUCCGUCUGAUUAAAGAAGUUCAAAAACGCUUUAAGACGCGCGAAGCCGAAGAACGAGAAAAGGAAGAUCUCGUUAAGCAAGAUACACUUAUUUUGUCACAGAAUAAGGGUAAUCCGAAGCUGAAAGAUCUGUACAUACGUCCGAAUAUUGUCACAAAACGUAUGACUGGUAGUUUGGAGGCGCACACAAACGGUUUCCGAUAUGUAUCGGUGCGUGGCGAUAAAGUUGACAUUCUUUACAACAACAUUAAAAGUGCAUUCUUUCAACCCUGUGAUGGUGAAAUGAUAAUUUUGUUGCACUUCCAUCUCAAACAUGCCAUUAUGUUUGGCAAGAAAAAACAUGUUGAUGUCCAAUUCUAUACAGAGGUUGGCGAGAUCACCACAGAUUUGGGUAAACAUCAGCACAUGCAUGAUCGGGAUGAUCUAGCAGCUGAGCAGGCGGAACGAGAGCUUCGCCACAAAUUGAAAACAGCAUUCAAGAGUUUCUGCGAGAAGGUAGAGUCGAUGACCAAACAACAGGUUGAAUUCGACACACCAUUCCGUGAAUUGGGUUUCCCUGGUGCACCUUUCCGCAGCACAGUUACAUUGCAGCCCACAUCGGGCAGCUUGGUGAACCUGACAGAGUGGCCACCAUUUGUCAUAACGCUCGAUGAUGUGGAAUUGGUACAUUUCGAACGUGUACAAUUUCAUCUGCGAAAUUUCGAUAUGAUUUUCGUUUUCAAAGAUUAUCAAAGAAAAGUCGCUAUGGUAAAUGCCAUUCCAAUGAAUUUGCUGGAUCACGUGAAGGAGUGGUUAAAUUCUUGCGAUAUCCGCUACUCUGAAGGCAUCCAGUCCUUGAAUUGGGCGAAGAUUAUGAAAACUAUCACAGACGAUCCGGAGGGCUUUUUCGAACAAGGCGGCUGGACAUUCUUGGACGCAGAUUCGGGAAGUGAAGAUGAAAAUGAGGAAGAGGAAUCUGAAGAGGAUGAGGCAUAUGAACCUACUGAUGUCGAAUCUGACGAAAUGUCAGAUGAAGAUGAUUCAGAAUAUUCGGAGGCGUCUGAGGAUGAGAGUGAUGAUAGCGAAGAACUUGGCUCAGAUGAGGAGUCGGGCAAAGAUUGGUCGGAUUUGGAGCGUGAAGCUGCAGAAGAGGACCGAAAUCAAGAGUAUACCGAUGAUAAACCCAAUGGCAAACAUUACGAUUCUAAGAAGCACUCGAAAAGUUCAAAACACAGUCGCAGAGAUCGUGAAGUGCAGCUUCGACAAAGUAAAAAGAAUAAAAGUUCUGCCUCAACUUCAAACUCGUCACAUUCAAAAUCUGCCAAGCAUGCCAGUUCGAGCGGGCAUAGCUCAAAGGAUAAACAUCAUGAUCGCAGUCGUGACAAACAUCAUUCCUCAUCGUCGUCGCACAAGGACAGGAGCAAGGAUAAGGGUCAUCACAGCAGCAGCAGUAGCCACAAACGGUCGCGCGAUGACAGUCGAGACCAUAGCCACAAAUCGAAAAAAUCGCGCCACUGAGCAGGCACACAAGAGCGAAAACGUAGAAACAACUACAAUUACACAAUCCAGAAUUUCCCACGGAAUGAAUGAAGAACAUGCAAUGCACUGUUUGUUUAGUGUUUACUGUCCGAUUAAUUUUUAUGUUUCGUUUGUCUCAGAAAUCAGCCAGUUUCAUUUCAGAAUGUAUAUUAAACUAUUAACAGAGAUUGAAAUUUAUAAACAUUAAAAAUAAGUUUGAAUAUAAAUCAAUAUUCCAUUUGUAA